UCCCGUCGCGUAUAUAAUGCCCCCCAAAUGUUCCGAGUCCCUACCCAUCUCGCUCUCAAUCAUCUCGUCCGCUCAAAACCCUAAUUCCUUAACGCCGACCUGAGGAGGAGGACGAAGAAGAAGAGGAAGCAGCAGUAGCGGCGGCAAUGUCGGGGCGUGGCAAGGGAGGGAAGGGGCUGGGAAAGGGCGGGGCGAAGCGCCAUCGCAAGGUGCUCCGCGACAACAUCCAGGGGAUCACGAAGCCGGCGAUCCGGCGCCUGGCGCGGCGCGGUGGCGUGAAGCGCAUCAGCGGUCUCAUCUACGAGGAGACGCGCGGCGUGCUCAAGAUCUUCCUCGAGAACGUCAUCCGCGACGCCGUCACCUACACUGAGCACGCCCGCCGCAAGACCGUCACCGCCAUGGACGUCGUCUACGCCCUCAAGCGCCAGGGCCGCACCCUCUACGGCUUCGGCGGCUGAUCCUAGAAGCGCUUCUUCUUCUUCUUCUUCUUCUUCUUCUUCUUCUUCUUCAUCUGGCGCUUCUGCGUAAAGUAGGGUUUUAAUUGGGGGUUGUUUAGUGUAUUUUCUUUCUAAGCUUCGGACUGAUGAAUGUAGCGAAAAAUAUUAUUAUCUAUUAUAUUAAAGCAAAAAUCAUCUCGUCUC